AAGAACGAUAUUUUCCAUACUUUUCGCUAGGAGGUGCUCUAAUGUGUGAGGGUUUGGAUACAUGCAACAUAAAUGGCAGUCAGAAACUGAGUUCACGCAAAACUUCUCCAAUAGGGUGCGCUGGCAGCGUUGUGGAUAUUAUCCUUAUCAAUACAACCAUAACAAGCAAUGCAUUUUUUCUGAUUUUUCACCAUAAUUUUAGUAAAUUUAGAAAAUUUUGACAACAUGAUGUAUGGUUUUAAUUAAUUUAAUCAAUAGUUAUGCCUUGUUGCUGCGUACCCAAUUGCCGAAGUGGUUAUCCGGGCGAACCUAAACGGCGAACAUUUUCAGUGCCCAAAGGUCCACCAGAUUUUUUGAAACAAUGGCAGAGAAGUAUUCCUCGCGAAGGUGUGAAGCCAGGGGACCGGAUAUGCGAACUACACUUCCGGGAUGAUGAAGUGGUGAAACAAUUUCAAGUUUUAGUAGAUAAAAAUGGAGAUAAUGAAACCUUUAAAUUGGAGCGGGAUAAAGCUUAUUUGAAGGAAGGAGCAGUUCCCAGUAUCUUCCCAAACUGUCCGAAAUACCUUACAAAAAAAUGCACCAUGAAAAGAAAAUCGCCAAAAAAAAGGUCAAUCUCCGUAAUAUCAAAAACAAAAAGCAACGUGAAAAAAAGCAGGAAAAAGAUAUUUGAUACUGAUUCCGAGAACAACCCUCCGUCUACUUCCGAAGAAAACAUCUUAAUGGAUAUUGAGCAAAGCACCUAUACCUUGGAAGAUGAAUUCAGUGCAAGGCAACUUCAACUUCCUCCGGGGUGGCAUAAUUUUUAUGCUGCAGAAGAUCGGACCCUCAUUUUCCUACACUGGGAUGGUGCGAAGCUAGGAGUUGAUAAAAAAAUUAUCAUAAAAGAAUCUCACGAAGUUGAAGUGAUCAUUGGGAGGAUUCUGUUACCGAUUGCUGGGUACAAAAAAAUUGAACCAAACAAUCUUCAGGCUCUUUUGGAAAUUGUUCAUCAGAUCCAUCCUUGUAAGAACGCGGAUUAUAAUUUUAGAAGUUUUCUAUUUCCAAACCAGUUUAGCAGAAAGGAAAGAACUCUACCAAAAAAAAAAGUGGCUGCUAAUAGGGUAAAAAAACUGACAACGGUACUUCGUACACAGAAGAAAUGUGCGCAGACAAACAAGGAUACCUUGGAUCGUGAAAUAGCGAAUCUGUGUCCGGAGCAACAAGAAAAUAUACGCGCUAUUCUCAUGGCCUCAAAACGAUUUAAAGGUUCCUUAGUGAUAGACGAAAUGUCUUUGACUCCUAAUCUGCGAUUCGAUAAGCACCAAAUGAAAAUUAUUGGGUUCACUGAUUUGGGUGAAUAUACCCCUUUGGACCAGAAAAAUUCUGAAGGCGAUCAUGCACUAGUGCUGUUAUUUCAACCUUUCGUCGGCAAAUGGAUUCAAGCAGUUGGUGCCUAUCUCAGUAAAGGCUGUGCUCGUGCUGAUCCUUUGAAUCACAUCUUGUUGGAAGCCAUUGCGUUAUUGGAGCAGUCUAAUUUCUACGUUGAUGCAAUAGUUACCGAUGGCGCCAAUUGGAAUCGUGGUGUUUGGCGGCUGAAUGGAGUGGACGAUGAAAAUUGUUCCUGUACCCAUCCCUGUGAUGAAACUAGGCAACUUUAUUUUGUCAGUGACUUUCCACAUAUAAUUAAAAAUAUUCGUAACUGGAUUUUGAAACAGGAGAGCUUCUGGACUCCUGAUGGCGUAGUUUACUUGUCUCACUGGAAAAAAAUUGUUGAAAUUCAAGGAGUUGAUGGUAUUCAUUACUGCCCUCGUUUAACAAGAUCACAUAUUUAUCCAAAGCAAUACCAAAAAAUGAAUGUUCCGUUAGCAUAUCAAUUUUUUGGAGAGGAAAUUCCAGCUGCAUUGGAAUCUUUGAAAAACAUUUUUCAAGAUCUGAUCGAGGGUACCUGUCAAUUUGUUAGUCGUAUGAAUGAUCUGAUUAAAGCGAUGAACUCUAGAAGUGGUAAAGGAGCUCUACGAAUGGAUAGUGAUGAAUAUAAGGUGAUUUCAUCAUUCAUCGAUUACUUAAUAUUAUGGAAAACCCGUUCUCCUGGACAAUUCAUUACUGAAAAUUCCUUCAAAGGGCUAAUUGUCACCUUGAAAUCCACUUUAGGUGUAUUCCACUAUCUCAUAACGGAGUUCAAGCUGUCAUUUUUCAUGACGGUAAAAUUAAACCAGGAUUGUCUUGAGCAUUUCUUUGGUUUGGUUCGUGCUGGUGGUGGUAACAACGAUCAUCCAGAUGCUGUGAUGUUUAUUUACAUCUUCAGAUUAUUAUGUGUUUAUUCUCUUGUACAGCCUCCUAAAGGGAGUAAUGUUGAAAAUAAUUAUAUGGUCGAAAACUUCCUAAAAUCUUCAGAUGUUCAAAGCAAGGAUGACAAAGAGAAAUUAGAUCACUGGAAAUUUACAUUAGAUCGCAUUAUUGAUAAUGGAGAUUCCUUGGAAGAUGUAAUUUUUGAGCCGUUGGCCACGAAUGACGCCAUGCAACUGUUUGCUGGCUAUGUUUUCAAGAAAAUUAAAAAAUUCGUCCAAUGUUCUUCUUGUUUAACUACUGUAUUGGGUGAAAAAAGUGAUAGAGGCAUUUAUUUUAAAAUCAGAGAUAAGUAUGGCGUUCUCCACACUCCCAGUAACCAACUUUGGGCAUUGUUACAAAUUUUGGAAAAUUACGUAGCUGAAGAAAGAGAUGAAGGCGGUAUGAAUUGUGAUAUGUUCUUCAAUAUUGCUUAUCGUAUUCAAGAAGGCGAUAGAAAAAUUAUUUUAGUUGGCUGCGAACAGCAUCAGGCAGAACUUACAGCCAAAAUAGUUCAAUAUUAUAUAACUGUUAGGUUAUUCUUUUUAUGUUCCUUUGUUAACCGAGAACGGAAAUUUGGAGUUAAAAGUAAAAAUUUGAGAAAAAUGUCCAGGCUUACUAAAUGAAUUUUAAAUUUAUUUGUAUCUUGUAUUUUAUUUUGAAUAAAUGUCUUGUAUCAACUGCAA